CUUGGUUACCACUUUCCUCCCAUCAUGCAUCACUGCUAGAGGAGCUUGUAAGGUGUACGAAUACAAAUAAGAGCCAACUUCGGUGGGUGAAUCAGGUACAGAAUGGAAAAGGAACAGCACAACAUUGUCGUCUUCAAUGUUUCAAAAAGAGAGCUGUUUACCGCGAACAAUGGAUACAAAUCCAUGCACAAACGACUAAGAGCUCAAUGGAAGAUCCAAAGCAUGAAGGAGGAGCUGUCUAUGGAGAGGAUGAAGGGUGUCAAGUUGUGGAUAACUGCAGGCCCAAGGGAGAAGUUUACAGCAUCGGAGCUGGAGGUACUAAAGCACUACUUGGACGGAGGAGGGAACGUCCUGGUGAUGCUCGGUGAAGGAGGGGAAAUAAAAUAUGACACGAACAUCAACUUUCUCCUGGAAGAGUUUGGAAUAAUGGUCAACAGUGAUACUGUUGUGAGGAAUGUGUACUAUAAAUACUUCCAUCCUAAAGAGGCGCUUGUGUCCAAUGGUGUAUUGAACAGAGAGAUCAGUCGGGCUGCUGGCAAAGUAGUGACAGGAAUCAUCGAUGAUGAAAAUGUUGGAAACAACGCACAAGCUCUUACAUUUGUGUAUCCCUACGGAGCCACGCUGAGUGUGAUGAAGCCUGCUGUGGCUGUUCUAUCAACUGGCUCCGUCUGCUUCCCGCUCAACAGGCCUGUCCUGGCCUUCCAUCAGGGGAAGGAGGCUGGGAAGUUGGUGGUGUUGGGUUCCUGCCACAUGUUCAGUGACCAGUACAUAGACAAAGAGGAGAACAGUAAAAUCAUGGAUGUUGUGCUCCAGUGGCUCAUGGCUGAUAAUAUCCAGCUGAAUCAGAUUGAUGCCGAAGACCCAGAGAUCACAGAUUACACCAUGCUGCCAGACACGGGGUGCUUAUCGGAACAGCUCAGAGUGUGCUUACAGGAGGGCGACGAAAACCCCAGGGACUUCACCUCUCUCUUUGACAUGUCAUUGUUUAACUUGUCAACUGACACUUUACCCCAAGUCAUCAGUGCUUACAAGCAGCUUAAUGUGAAAGCCGAGCCACUUCAGCUGAUCACACCACAGUUUGAGACGCCUCUGCCUCAGCUGCAACCUGCUGUCUUUCCACCAGCCUUAAGUGAUUUGCCUCCUCCCAUGUUGGACCUGUUCGACCUAGAUGAAACUUUCUCUUCUGAGAAAGUGCGCCUUGCACAGCUCACCAAUAAAUGUACAGACGAUGAUCUUGAAUUCUACGUGCGGAAAUGUGGUGAAAUUCUGGGGGUGACUCCAAAGUUGGAUAAAGAUCAGAGGGAUGCCAAGCACAUAUUGGAACACAUUUUCUUCCAAGUUGUAGAGUUCAAGAAACUCAAUCAGGAGCAUGAUGCUGACACAGAGGCACCCUUUACUCUGAUGUGAUUGGAUUCAAGAAACAUUCGAUUUUCACCUCUGCCUUUUCACUAUACUGCAACGUGACCAAGCAGAUGAAUAUGUUCUUCAGUUAAAGAGAAGGGACUAUUGCAGUAGCCGUGGACGAUGUGGCAUCAUCUUGGGUACGGUUUUACAAUCUGUAUAUAUAC